GGGAACUCUGGCUGUCAGAUGAGCAAGCUGACAACACUGAACUUUAUAACGUUGGUCUAAAUAAACAAAACAGAAGUUUACUAUGGCCACUGAAGGAGGCCCAGCAGACCUGGUAAAGGUGCUUCACCUCUUGUUCAUUUCAUUCACAUGGGGCAUGCAGGUGUGGGUUUCGUUCAUUGCAGGGCUUGUUUUGUUGUCCAAGGUCAGUCUUCACACAUUUGGUUUAGUUCAGAGCAAACUCUUUCCCAUGUAUUUUUAUUGUCUGCUGGCCAGUAACACAGUCAGCCUGGUUAUAUAUACUGUGUAUCACCCUAGAAAGCUUCUGGAUGGCCAUGAAACUAUACAGAUGGCUUUGUUUUUCAUGGCAGUGAUUAUGUCAGGAUUGAAUGUGCAGUGGUUCACUCCAGCUGUCCUUAAGCACUCUCUGGUGAUGAGGAAGAUUGAGCAGGAGCAUGGCCUUGGUGGAGAGAUACGCUUUUUCACCACCAGGGAGCCCUACAAAAAACUCUGUGAGCAGGAUCCAAAAUACAAGGCCCACAGGAAAACUUUUUACCGCUACCAUGGCAUGUCCAUCCUGACCAAUAUCACUGGCUUCGCCUGCACUACCGUCAUUCUCAUCUACCUGGCACUUCACUUGGCUACAAUAUAAUAUACAGCAGUAUAAGUAUUGCUAAACAGAUGUUCAUUUGUGAGGGUCAGAGUGAUACGUUCAGGAGUUGGUAUUAAAAUUCCAACAUUACAAAAAAUAAAUAAAUAAAUGAUUUGAUUUGGUUUAGCCCUUUUUAAUCAAAUCUUCAAAA